AUGCUGAUGGCACCGUGGAGCGCUACAAAGCCCGGAUUUGUUGCUUCAAAGAUAGAUGUCUCUCUGUUCCACUACACAGCUUCAGAGUCCAGAGUUUUUCUGCUUGUGUAUGUGGAUGAUAUAAUUAUGCUCGGGAAUGAUACGGUCUUGGUUAAUUCAUUGCUGCGACAGCUAGCGACAGCGUUCAAGAUUCGAGACCUUGGGAAACCCACGUUCUUUCUUGGCAUUGAAACCAUCACUGUUCCGAAUGGUAUGGUACUGUCUCAAUGGCGUUAUAUUCGGGAUAUUCUACAGCGAGCCGGCAUGACUGACUGUAAAGCCUUAGCCACUCCUGCAUUUGUGACUCAGCCGGUAUGUCAGACAACUGACUCUUUUGCCAACCCAACUCAAUAUCGCCGUCUAGCUGGUGCUCUUCAAUAUCUUACCAUCACUCAACCUUAUUUAUCUUACUCUGUCAACCGGCUCUGCCAAUUUAUGCAUUCACCGACUGAUGAACACUGGGGCCUACUGAAGCGCGUCCUACGUUAUGUUAAAGGCACUUUGGAGUACGGUCUACGCAUUACCACGUCGGUGUCUUCUGAUAUACACGCGUACUCGGACUCUGAUUGGACUGGCUGUCCAGUUGAUCGCAAGUCCACCAGUGGCUACGCCGUGUUCUUUGGGAAGAAUCUGGUCUCUUGGGUCUCUCGGAAGCAACGAACAGUGGCUCGUUCUUCGACUGAAGCUGAGUAUAAGGGUCUUGCUGAUGUUUGUGUUGAGGUCACCUGGGUGGUCUCUCUGUUACGGGAUCUUGGCCUAACUUCCACUACACCACCCACGUUGUGGUGUGAUAAUCUUGGAGCUACCCACCUAUGUGCGAAUCCGGUCUUCUACGCUCGCACCAAGCAUGUUGAGGUUGACUACCACUUUGUCCGUGACAAGGUUUCCGCAGGGGAGUUCCAGGUUCAUUUUGUGUCUACCAAGGACCAGCUUGCAGAUAUUUUCACCAAGCCACUGCCAGCAGCUCGGUUCACCGUUUUUCGUGACAAGCUCAAUGUGGUUGCUUACACACCUUGUGCUUGA